CAAAGACUGACUAUUAUUGUUUUAUUUUAUUUGUUGUGUAAUAUAAGGCUUAUACUAUUGUGACCAGUUAUGUGCAGAUUGAUACUGAAAUAUUGAUGCUUCUGCCUUCCGAUGCCUUCAUGCUCUAAGAUCAAUUCUCAAAUCCAAGUAUCAAUACUUUCAAUACUUCAGUCAUUUGAGAUAAUGUAGCUAAACAAAAGAACGAUAGAAAGUAACUCAGACUGAGGCAGCGUUGAUGGGAACUACUUUUUCUUCCGCCUGGUGAGUGUGUAAUGCGUCAGACAUAAACACAAUGAGAGUCACAUGGAGUCGUUUCAGAUUUCAUUUUAUAGAAGUUCUUAAUAACUAAACAAAAGUAGGUUUAUUACUUUGGGGUUUUUUAGUUUGCAACAUUUUCACAUAUUUUGUAUGACUUCCUGCUGCUGUUAAAAUACUAAAUGAGGUUUCGGUCUAAAUGAAUUUCUGAGUUUAAAAUGAAUACAAUCGAGUGAUGUCUUCUUUUUAGGAAGCCAAGAUUUGAAUUACAACAGUUCUUUUAGACUUAGGAGGCAAAUUGCAUGUUUUUGCACAAAGUAUCGGAUCGGUUUCACCAAUACUAGCUUCAGUUUUACUCAGUAUUGGACCAGUAUUGGACCAGUAUUGGACCAGUAUUAGUGGAAUCAUCACUAACUGGCUGACAGGUGCAAACAGCUAACGGCGAAACGCACCAUGAACUCAUGAAUGAUUCAAAGCACCAAGAAACCUCAACAGAAAACGCUGCAAUCAAAAUAAACAGGAGCAAAAAAUAUCAACUAAACAAAUGCAAAUUAAAAGAAAAAAGUUAAACACUACAAACCUGUUCCAAAAAGUGGAAAUCCUCCUGACCACUAGGGGGAGUAUGGAGUAUGUAAUAUUACCAAAGUAAAUAUGCUGCUGAUCUGUAAUACUGUAAAAGACACAAACUUUUCUUUUCUUCUCCAACUUUCUCAUUCACAUCCUGUUAAAAUCAUGACAUGGAGUCUUUACUGAUGUCGGUCCCAUGUGGUGGCGACGCCCCCUGGUGGUCUGGAGCCAGUUUCAUACACGCUGUUGCAUUUUCUCUUUUGCUUCUGCUUCCUGUGGUUGCAGCAGUUUUUAGUUGUAGAUUUUUGCUGCUGUUUUCUGUCUUUAUGGGGUUUUUUGUUUCCAGUGUUUCUCUGUUUUAUUAGUUUUUUGUGUUUGAGUUUUAGAGUUUGCAGCUUUCAUGUUUCUGCAUGAUGUUUGUCUGACUGUGAAGAAUUUGCACCUGUUGGCCAUCGUCUUAUACUCUGUCUGAGCAGCCAACUGAUUUUUAUUAUCAUAAACUUUAAACGGACCAAACUUUAGGGUGAGUUUUGCAAAUGUUGUACUUCAUUCAUAUUGUGAAGUGAGCUGUUUUAAUGCUUCCGAAUAUUUGUGAAUAUAAAAAAUAUUGGAGUAUUUGAAAAUCCUGAAGUUUUUUCCCUUUCAGGACCAACAUGGUGGAUAAUGAACUGCAGAUGAAAUGAGUUUGCUGUGUUUGUGCUGCAGUGCUGUGUGUCGCCUCGGCGCUCCCUGAACGCCUGUUUGUUUUUGUCAAUGAGUUGAUGACCUGGCCGGACGCUCAGAGUUUCUGCAGACAGAACUUCUUGGACCUGGUGACGGUCAGCAGCAUGGAGGACAUGACGCUCCUGAACAACAUGGUGGAUCUGGACGCCAUGGUCUACAUGAACGCAAGUUUCAAACAUCGAGCCUGGAUCGGUUUGUUUGAGGACCUGAACAGCUGGAGGUGGUCCAUUUCUGACCCGAACUUCUACAGAGACGGAGAAGCUGCGUUCAGGAACUGGAACGUUGGGGAACCAAACAACUACCUGGGAAAAGAAAGCUGCGGCGGGAUGUGGAACAACGGCUUCUGGAACGAUAAUCCCUGCCAGAUGUUCGCCAAAGCAAUCUGCCACAACGUGCAGGAGCAGAAUGUUUCGCUGAUCUUCAUCAACCAGACGAUGAGCUGGCCUGCAGCCCAGAGCUACUGCAGACAGCAUCACACUGACCUGGCCAGCGUGAGGAGCAUGUCAGAGAACGAGCAGAUGAAGGGCCUAGUCCAAUCAGCAGGAGAGAUUCAGGCCUGGAUCGGUCUGUACAGAAACUCCUGGAUGUGGGUGGAUGGCAGUAACUCCUCCUUCCGCCACUGGAGAGCGUCGGAACCCAACGGGUCAGAGGAGAACUGUGCAACAGCCGUUCAUGCAGACGCCGGGCAGUGGGAGGACUGGCCUUGCUCCUGGAAAAUGCCUUUUUUUUGCAACGCAGUUCCAGGUUCAAAGCAGGUGGUGAAGGUGAAGCUGGUGAAGUCUUCCUCUCUGGACCUGAGUGACCCGGCGGUGCUGGCAGACCUGCUGCAGCAGUUUGAACAGAAGCUGAAGGGCAGCAGAGAGGAUGGAAACGUCAGGCUGAGCUGGAGGAAAACAUCGGAUGGAGAAAUCUUCCACCAGGAGCCAUCGUGACCUGGACUCCUCUAAAGAAAGAACAGCUUCACAAAUCUACAGUUUAUAUUUGUGAUGUGAUUAUCAUAAUUUGUUUGUGCUGUUAGCUAGAAGGUUUGGAGGUCUGAGAGUCUGAAUGGGUGAA